AUGAGUUCCUUCCAAUCCUUCUUUGCGCUCAUCCCACUGCAACAACCUGACCUACACAUCCCUGUCAACAUGCAGCUCGUCCUGAGUGCUGCGGCUUCUCUUGUUGUGGUGGGAGUAAUUAUUUGGGCUUCCCGUGCUAAAUCAGAGAGUGGCCUUCCUCUUCCACCUUCCCCUCCCACUUGGAAACUUCGAGGGCACGUCCUGCCACCUCGCAAACCAUUCCUCACCAUAGCAGGAUGGAUUGACGAGUACGGUCCUUUGAUUACUAUUCGAUUAAAAUUCGAGCGGAUCGUUAUCAUCGGCCGUUACAAAGCCGCCGCUGACAUUAUGGAGAAUCAAGGCAAAUUUCUAGCUGAUCGUCCUCCAAUGAUUGCUCCUGGAGAGUUAUUUAGCGGCGGAAUGAGCAUCGGUUUUACACCCUUUGGGGACCGGUUUCGUCGCAUGCGUAGAGCACUUCAUUCUUAUCUCCAACCUAAAGCAGCUGAGGCCUAUCAGCCACUGCAGAUGUCACACGCGAAGAACAUAGUUCUUGGCGUUCUUGAUAAUCCACACAACUUCCGUCACCAUGUGAUAACUUAUGCUGCAACGAUAAUUUUGAAAGUUACAUAUGGGAAGAAUACGCCCACAUCUGCUACUGAUCCCGAUGUCAUUGAGGCGCUUCAAAUGAUGAGAAGGCUUAUUGAAAUCAUGCGUCCUGGUGCUUAUCUGGUGGACUCGAUUCCGUGGCUCAAAUAUCUCCCUUGGUAUGGCCGAGACUUGAAACUGGAGUUUGAGAGCAGGAAAAAAUUCAACCUCGGUCAGUUAAACCGCGUGAGGGAGCAAAUGCAGAGCGACAUGGAUAUCGGUCCUUCGUUCAUGAAAGAUAUGCUAGAAGAUAGCCAAUCCCAUGGUUUGACCGAGACCGAGGUGGCUUUUCUUGGUGGUGCCUUUCUUGGAGCUGGAUUAGAUACGACUUCUAUCUCGAUAUGCACGGUGCUCAUGGCAGCCGCACGUUUCCCCGAGGAGCAAGCUAAAGUUCAGGCCGAGCUCGACGCGGUCAUCGGAAGGCACCGAGCGCCGACCUUUGCCGACCAAGGGUCCCUUCCUCGCCUGCAAGCAUUCAUCUCUGAAGCUUUGAGAUGGCGACCUGUAGCUGCUGGCGGACUGGCUCACCGCACAACCAAGGACGUGGAAAAUUACUGUAUUCCAGCUGGGACUACGGUGUUCGGCAACCAGUGGUCUAUCUCUCGGGAUCCAGAUGUCUACCCGGAGCCUUACACGUUCAAGCCUCAACGCUGGAUUAACGAACAAGGUGACCUGAGAGACGAUUUAAAAUUCUUUGUCUACGGCUUUGGUCGGCGCGUAUGCCCCGGUCAACAUGUCGCGAACAGAUCAGUGUUUAUAAUCACCCUCCUUAUUCUUUGGGCCUACAAGCUCACUCUGGAUCCUACGAAGCCAUUAGAUGACAUGGAGCUCAUGGCCAGCUCGAUGCCAAAGGUCUUGCCCUACACAUUAGAGUUUGGGAAGAGGAUUUCGGAAACGGAGCUCAGGAGCAUGAUGCAGCAUUAUCCUGAGGUCGCAUGA